UGAUCUAGAAAAUUGUUGAAAAAUCCAAUUAAUUUCAUAAUAGAUCGUGCAUAACAAGCGAUUCAAAUUCUGCUAGUCCUGCAUUUACUGGGAGCAUCGAUUUUUUCUCAAAUGUUAAAGUCUGUUAUCUCCAUCGUCCUUAAUAUAGAUGUUUAUGGUUUUAGCUGUUUUAUACGCACAUGGUUUUACCUCCCUUGAGAUUUGUAGCCGGUGAAGUUGCUCCUUUUUCUUCCUGGAAAAACGGUACAGAUCGCAAUUUUGUACAUUUUCAUUUUGAACUAGUAUAGUUGGUGCCCGCAUUAUAUUGCCUUUCAUUCUUCUUUCCAACAUUCUAUACCCGUGCGGUUUACUUAUAGUAUAUAUAACCCAUAUAAAAGCGAAUAGCAAUCACAACUGUGCCGCCCCGGGGACAAUCUGGCUUUACUACUAUGUCCGAAGAAAUUAUUUUUCAGAUCACUGAAAAUGCCCCCUUUGUAGUCAAUUUUUAGUAGUUUAAAGAUAUCACUCGUAAACGAAAGUAAAUAACAAUGUCGAUAGGUAUCCAUUUGCAUAAUUAUAUGUGGAUGUCAUUUCCAUCCAAUAUAUUCCGUUACUAGUUGUUAAUGUGGUCAACAAUUUUGAAAUUAAUUUCUGGAGUCGUCAAGGGAAGAAUGUUCGACCAGUUUUGACCCCCUUAAACUUUAGGGUGCAGUAAAUUCAAAGAAUACACCUUUCCGGUAUUGUGAAAAUUCCAGUGUUCUAUAGGAUGGCUUUUGCAUAUAUGGGGAGCCUCCUUUAAACUCCACGUUCCAGUGUGUGUUCGAGAGUGCGUGUGACAAACAGGCAGUUGUAUAUAAAAAAAGUAAAUUUAAAUGGUGCGUUUUGGCCGGAAAGUGACAACUUCUGUGUUGACCACCAUCCUACACACAUAUCAAAUCCACAUAGUAAAUAUCCCCUACACGCGCAUUCCUUUGACUUUUACGGACUUGAACGAUCUUCGAUAUUUGUUUAUAAUUUUUGUUUGCAACCUAACGCAGUUUACAACUUUCCUUGUCCAUUUUCCAAUUUUUUCAAAUAAAAUGAGAUUACUAUGCAUUACAAGUAGGUUUCACUAGGGUAACAACUGCCUGUUCUCGCAAAGGAAAGCCGAUCUCCUGCGCCUUACUAUUUUUCACGAAAAUAGAACAUUAGACACAAAUCUGCUGACUCCUUUAAAUUGUGGUAAAAUGUCUAACGGGGAUUCAAACCCAUCAUCAUCGACAAUUCCGAAGGAGGAUGCAGAAGGUCUACCGACGGACUUCUCAAAAUGUGCAGUACUGAUGUUGGCGGACCCGCAUGAUCCAGAAAUUCAUAGCAAUUUGGAAUUAGCUGCGAUGAAUGCAGCUAAAGAAUAUUUGGGGGAAGAAAAUGAGAGUAAAUGGAAGGGGACUGACCGAAUUGAGUUAAUUUCGUUGGGACCAAAUGGAACGGUUGUCCCAGCCGCGGAAAUAUUUGCUAUAGAUUGGAACCUGCCCACGCAAGUGACUCGAAAACUCCUACAUGCCAUGUUCGACCGAGAGACUCUUGCCACUCAUACUCUAUCUGGGAAAGCAUCGCCUGCAUUCCAACACCGCCCCAAUGAGAAGGCAGCGCUGGACCAGCCCAAAGUUGCAGACGUUAUCCAUGCAGUUCACAAAUUUAUGGGUUGUUCUGAGCGCGAUGUACGAGGAGCCAUAACAACUAAAUGUGCGGAUGAGAGUAAAAUGAGGCGGAAACGCUUGAAACGGUUGAGAGAAGCGGAAGAGGAAGAAGAGCGCCAAGAACGUGAAAAACAAAUGGCGACCUGAUUCGCUGCUCUCUUGUUUGCUGAGAUUCAAUCUCCUUACAAUAGUUGGUACGUAGAAAAUACAUAUUAUAAAUAUUUUUAUUUUAGUAUUAAGAGGCUAUGAAUAAUUUUACUUUUAAUGUUAGUAAGGAACUAAAAGCGUAUAUUUGUCUUCUGAAGUAAGAGCAAUAUUUAAUUGAAAAUGCAGGGUCAAACAUAUAAUUACACUCGAUUAGAUUUAGAUAGUUUGUGACUGAAGAACAUCUCGAGCUGGUUCGAUUCUAGAAACAAAUUAAAAGCGAAUAAUGCAUUUUCUAGUAAACUUAUUUCUUUUUCUAAUCAAUGUUAUCAUUUAUCACGUUUAUUUAAAACUCGAAAUGGUUUGUCUGCACUCUUAUGCAUGAUGCGAUCUUUUGCCCAUCCUUAAGUGUAUAAGAAAAUGGAAACGUACCAAGAUAACAUUUUACUUUUCCUUAACAUUGACAGUACAACACGCCAAAGGGGUUUCGAAUUUUAAUAAAUUUAGACAAUCAAUUUCGAUACAUUUCGAGAUCAUGAAGAUCAUUUCACAGGAAACCGAAAAGGAAAAAAAAUUAAAUGGUUGCAUAGAGAGUUCUGUCUAGUCCUAAAUUAUAUUAUAGUUCCGUGAAUUUUUCCCAUCAUAUUCGAUAUUUCAAGUUGGUUCCUUUUUCCACUGCUACCAUCGAUUAUGCAAAAGCGGUCUCAGCGCAUAAUGAUAUAGAUUCCUAUAAAUUCUAAACUAUCAAGUAUGGAUUAAACACAGCCAAAAUAAAUGUAACCUAGGUAGCGAGGACCAGAAUGUUAUUAAGCUCCAUUCAUUGUAAAUUAAAUUAUUUUAUUUUAAAUAGUAUUGGUUUAACACAUUCUGAAAAAAGGGAAGAUCAUACUUAGGAACGCCACCCCAGAAGCUCAUAUGUAGCAUCCUUCCCAAGGAGUACAGGACGGUUGCUUUUCCCAUUCUAGCCUAUGUAUUUUCCAGCAUUGCAUGUUAUCAAUGGGAAGUGCUUCCACCGUUCACAUAAAAGUUGGUUUGUUUGGUCCACGUUUCCUGAUAAUACCGUCGGAAGUCGGUAAUAAGGAAGGAAAGACGUAGGUUGUUUGGUCAAAACGUGAAAUUCUACUGUACUGGAUUGAAUGGCGAAACUUUAUAUUUGAAAUUAGAUUUAAAAUUAAUGUUAAAUUCUAUUUCGAGUGCAGUUUCUUUCUGUCAUUAAUUUUUGUUUUUAUUUAUUUAUUUUUUAAUUUUGGCUGGGCAAAAGCUUUCUUCAUUUUUACUACAUAAUCUAAAUAUAUGUGCAUACCUCUCAAACCUAAUUGCUUCUAUAAAGUGAUUUGCUUUAAUAUAUACAUAUAAAUUCAAUUUAACAAUUUUGUUUUCAAAUACAUUCUCUUAAAUUUUAAUAAAGACUUAGUCCCUGAAAAGCCUUA